AUGCCCUCCUUCUUCAAGAGAUCCAAGAAGGAGAAGGAGAAAGAGGCAGAGGCAGAAGCUGAAAAGGCCAAGGCGGAGCGCGCCGCCACGCCGCCUCCCACCUACGAGGACGCGCAGACCGAGCCGCCCGCGUUCGAGGACCAGCCGCCGUCGUUUGAGUCCAUCAACGGGUCCAAGGGAGGCGCGCGGCCGCCGCCCACCGAGGCGGAGGUCGCGAACCUGACGGCUGCCUUUUCAUCGCUGCGGCUGGGCACGCAGCGCGAUCCGGACGUUGAUUCGUGCCUGGCUCAUCUGAAACUUCUGUUUGCGAUCCAGACGCUGAAGGAGGAGGUCGGGUAUACCGAUGGGCUGUGGGAGAUCUGGGAUACGAGAGCCGGGCCGAAGCCGGACAGCGAUGAGGCCGGGUCCAGCAAGAAGUCGGAGGAUUAUGUCAAGGACGUGCUGGCGAAGCUGCGCGAGAAGCGCUGGGCGGUGUUCUUGGCGCGCGCGGUUGAUCGGUACGAGACUUGGUGGAUGACGUUGGCGGGGGAGCGGUUGAAGGAGGAGGACAUGAAGACCAAGUCGGAGAAGUAUCUUGAGUUUCCGGAUGGUGGGAAUGAUUUCUUAUGGACUGUGGAUAUUCUUCCACCGUUGGGUGCAGAUGUUCUCAUGAUCUGGCACGCACACAUGCUCAACCCGAGAGCUUUCCUUGAGGAUACGAUGCGCUACGGGAUGAAGACUUUCUGGACAACGGGCAUGCCAUGGGCUCAAGUCAACGAGAUCAUCGAUGUCAAGUUCAACUACAUCGCCACGGACGCUGCCAAAGCGAACUGGGAGGCCAGCACUGGGCGAGCAUGGGAUAACGUCGCGGAGCCCCUGGCGAAGUACAUGGAAUGCCCCGUCUGCAAGGAGACCAUAGAAGUUCCAUGGACCACUUGCGGCCUGCCCGAGCUCUACAAGGGCGAAGCAAAGCCAGGCCUUGUUGGCAAGGGCUACGGCGACGGAGACUUCUUCCAGCUCUGCACGGCAGGCUGCGACACGAUCAUCACGCGGCGCUUCCUCUCCGUGGCCAAGAUGCUCAGCGACGCAGAGCACUACCUCGGCGACAACCACACCGUCCCCAGCGCCGUCCUCGAGCCCAAGGUCGGGAUGCCCGUCCCGCAGGCCGACGGGCACGCCCCGCAGGGCCAGACCUUCAGAGAGGCCACCUUCCCCAACCGCCUGUUGGGCUUCGGUGUUAUUGAAGAGCUGAGGAAGCUCGUCCGGCCGGGGCUGCAGAAGCCGUCCACGAUGGAGAACGUGCGCGAUAUCAUUGAGGCGGCGCUGGAGGACAACGACGCGUACAUGAGGAUCCAGGAGCUGGAUAAGAAGCCGUACAAUAAGAUCCUCUCGCGCACGGAGAGAGUUCAGAGCAAGAAGAUGAUGUCGCGGUACUGGGACAACCACUCCAUCUUCGCGCUGGAUCUUGUGGGAGCUACGGUGCGUCAGGGCGUGUUUGUGGAGAAGAUGUACAAUAUCGACUGGCUCCACGGCCCGAACCAGCGCGGCACCAUGGACCGUCUCCUUCAGAAAUACAGCCGCUUCAUGCUCAUCAUGACGGAGAACCCCUACUCCCUCUGCGUCCCGACGCUGGAUGUCGACCUCGCGUGGCACACGCACCAGCUAGCACCGCGGGCGUACUAUAAGUUCAGCACCUUCAACUCCGCAACCACGGGGACCAAGGAGGCCAGGUUCAUCGACCACAACGAUAAGAUCGAUGAGGAGCGGCUUACGGAGGCUUUUGAGUGGAGCAGCAGGACAUAUCUGGACAAGUUUGGAGAAGUGUAUUCCGAGUGUGUUUCGAUCGACAACUUCAACGCCUCCGCAAAGCCCUCCGCCCCGGGCGCCGAAGUCCACAUCUCCGCCCACAACGCCGUCCUCUCCAAAGAGAACGGCGGCCGCAAAGCCCUGCGCUACCAGCAGCGCCAGAUCUGCAAGCACCGCAUGGACGGCGCGUACGAGCGGGCCGCCAAGCGCGCGUCGAAGAAGGGCGUCAAGCUGCCCAAGCCCGAGGAGUACUACAACCACUGGGGCAGCACGUAUCACCGCUACGGGCCGAACAUGUACCCAGCGCACCUCACGGCGGGCAUCUACGUCGCGGCCGACCCGGGUAUCAUGCAUGCCGGGACGGGGAGCUGGGCGGGAUGUGCUCAGGGGUUGUGCGGAAGCAACGACAUCGCGGCCGGAGGGUGUGGCGGGCCUGGGGGGUGUACCAGCUCGGAUGUUGCGGAGCAUAUGCAGGAUCAGUUGUUAUGA